AUGAUGAAACCUACGUCGGAGCUGCUUCAUAACGUCAUCUUUAGCCUGACACUAUUUACCCAGAAAUCAGACUGUCUAGGAAAGUCGUGGAAGGCGCUGACGCUGUCGCAGAAGCGGCCCUACGUGGACGAGGCGGAGCGGCUGCGCCUGCAGCACAUGCAGGACUACCCCAACUACAAGUACCGCCCGCGCAGGAAGAAGCAGGCCAAGCGCCUGUGCAAGCGCGUGGACCCCGGCUUCCUCCUGAGCUCCCUUUCCCGGGACCAGAACGCCCUGCCCGAGAAGCGCGGCGGCGGCCGGGGCGCGCUGGGCGACAAGGAGGACCGGGGUGAGUACUCGCCCGGCGCCGCCCUGCCCGGCCUGCGGGGCUGCUACCACGAGGGCCCUCUCCACUGCCGCCACCCCCUGGGCUCCCUGGCCCUCGGCCAGUCCCCGGGCGUCUCUAUGAUGUCCACUGUGCCAGGCUGUCCCCCGUCUCCUGCCUAUUACUCCCCUGCCACCUACCACCCCCUCCACUCCAACCUCCAUGCCCACCUGGGCCAGCUCUCCCCGCCUCCCGAGCACCCCGGCUUCGAUGCGCUGGAUCAGCUGAGCCAGGUGGAACUCCUGGGGGACAUGGAUCGAAAUGAGUUCGACCAGUAUUUGAACACUGCUGGCCACCCGGACUCCGCUGCGGGGGCCGCGGCCCUCAGUGGGCAUGCCCCGGGCUCUCAGGUGACGCCCGCGGGCCCCACAGAGACCAGCCUCAUCUCCGUGCUGGCGGACGCCACGGCCACGUACUACAACAGCUACAGNGUGCAGCCCGGCCGCCUGUCCAGCCCGGCCGCCUGUCCAGCCCGGCCGCCUGUCCAGCCCGGCCUCCACGGCGCCACUCUCGGUCCUGGACACAGCAGAGCCCACCGCCCUGUGCGGCCGCCCCGCGGGGGAGGGAGGGCGGUGAACUGGCUGCAGAUCCCAGCGCCCUCUCCCUCCCCUUCCCCGCCCUCCCCUCUCCAGCAGCCUGCGUUUUGA